AGGAGGCAGUGCGCACCAACGAAUGGUCUGAAUCGUUGGUGCCUACUGCGCAGCGGUGAACCAACUUCAGUUUACAGAUAAGUUUACAAUCGAGGGAGGUGAUUAGAGUGUUGAUAUUAUUUGAGGGAUUUAUUAUGGAAUAACAUAGUUGGACCCUCGGUAAUUGACACUUAAGUUGUAAGUCCGGUGAGCUCACUGGCAACCCCUGGGUGGGGUCUGCUGUCAUCACGAAACACAAAACCGACAUUGAGCACAUGAACUAUGAGGAUUUAUACCUGAACUAACAUUGAAAAUAACAGUAACAUAACAUGGCACGACCGAUCGUUCCGAGUCAACAAAAGUUGGCUGAAAAACUUGCCAUUCUAAACGAUAGGGGCAUUGGAAUGCUAACACGAAUUUAUAAUAUUAAAAAAGCAUGCGGCGACGCCAAAUCAAAACCUGCAUUUCUGUCAGAUAAAACUCUGGAGUCUGCGAUCAAAUACAUUAUCAGACGAUUCCCUAAUAUUGAUAUCAAGGGAUUGGCAGCAAUCACAAAUCUUCGAAAUGAGAUCAUCAAAUCUCUCUCGUUGUAUUACUAUACAUUUGUGGAUCUCUUGGACUUUAAAGACAAUGUAUGUGAGCUACUAACUACGAUGGAUGCAUGCGGGGUUCACUUGGACAUCACAAUAAAUUUUGACCUAACCAAAGGCUACCUGGAUCUUGUGAUUACCUAUGUGAGUCUAAUGAUUCUACUGUCCCGUGUCGAGGAUCGCAAAGCUGUUUUGGGGCUGUUUAAUGCAGCCCACGAGAUGGUGCAUAGCCAAUCAGAUCCUAGCUUUCCAAGAUUAGGUCAGAUGAUUAUGGACUAUGAUGUGCCGCUGAAAAAAUUGUCCGAAGAGUUUGUGCCACAUGGUAAAUUAUUGAUAAACGCACUGAUGUCUCUAUGGCCAAUCUAUCCAGGGAGGAAUUUAUCUGCUGAUACCUGGAGAGCAGAUCAAAAGCUCAGCCUCGUUGGAAGCCCUGGGCAGCUGUUGAAAGCGGCUGUAACGGAAACAAUGUCUUGUGAAACCUUGAGCUUGGACAGAUUAGAAAGGUGGGUUGUCCUUGGUUUCACUCUGUGUCAUACCGUUCUGAAUCAGGAACAACCUGGCAAGCUUUGGACCACAGCUCUAGAAUCAGGAUGGGUUCUGGCUCUUUUUCGAGAUGAAGUUAUCUACAUACAUCAAUACAUUCAAUCUUUCUUCGAGAGCAUGAAGGGUUAUAGCAAGCGAGUAUCAGAGGUCAAAGAUUGCUAUAAUCAAGCUGUCCAGAAGGCUGGGCAUAGGCAUAGAGAACGACGAAAAUUUUUGAGAACAGCUUUGAAGGAAUUAGGAUUGAUAUUAUCAGAUCAUCCUGGUUUAUUGGGCCCAAAGGCACUGCUCGUUUUCAUGGGCUUGUCUCAUGCUAGAGAUGAAGUAUUGUGGCUUUUGCGACACGGUGACAAUCCACCGAUUCAAGGAAAAGGAAAGGGUCGAGGAGGUGAUGAUCUCGUCGACAGACAACUACCAGAGCUGCUCUUUCAUUGUGAAGAACUACGUGCCCUAGUUAGAAAAUAUUCACAAGUUUUGCAGCGAUACUACGUUCAAUUUUUGUCUGGCUUUGAUGCCCCUGCACUGCAUCAAAUGAUACAGAAUUUACCUGUAUGUCCGGAAGAUGAGGGUGCUAUUCUCAGUGACAUGUGCUCAUCUAUUGCUAGUUUAACUGUGAAGCAAGUAGAAGAUAAUGAGCUGUUUGAUUUUCGAGCAUUUAGACUUGACUGGUUCAGGUUGCAAGCAUACAUGUCUGUCGCUAAAUGCAAUAUGAAUCUCGCGGAUAACAGAGAACUGGCUUCAUUUAUGGAUGGAGUUAUUUUUCACACAAAAAUGGUAGACAACUUAGAUGAGAUGUUGGUAGAAACAUCUGAUCUAUCGAUAUUUUGCUUCUACAGUAAGAUAUUCGAGGACCAAUUCCACAUGUGUUUAGAGUUCCCUGCUCAAAAUCGAUAUAUUGUCGCUUUUCCAUUAAUGUGCAGCCAUUUCCAAAGCUGCACUCAUGAACUGUGUCCUGAGGAACGACACCAUAUUAGAGAAAGAAGUCUAUCCGUUGUCAACAUGUUUCUAGAUGAAAUGGCCAAGGAAGCUAAGAAUAUAAUCACCAUCAUAUGUGAGGAACAAUGCAACAUGUCCGACAAACUUUUACCAAAACACUGUGCUGUACAAAUUUCGCAAGUGGUUAACAGAAAGAAGAAAGAUAAAAAUAAGAAGAACUUGUAUGAAGUUCACAAGCCUGGCAUUGAAAGCUACAGAAAAACUCGUGAGGAACUAACAACAAUGGACAAACUUCACAUGGCUCUUACAGAAUUAUGCUUUGCUAUAAAUUCCUGCCCUACCAUUAAUGUCUGGGAGUACACUUUUGCUCCAAGAGAAUAUUUGCACCAACAUUUAGAGACGCGAUUUGCCAAAGCCUUGGUCGGCAUGGUAAUGUUUAAUGCAGACACUAGUGUCAUUGCUAAACCUUCUGAGUUAUUCGUCAGUGUGAGGGCAUACAUGAAUGUAUUACAAACUGUUGAAAAUUACGUCCAUAUCGAUAUAACCAGAGUAUUUAAUAAUGCCUUAUUACAACAAACACAACAAUUCGAUAGUCAUGGAGAUAAGACUAUUGCUUCAUUGUACAUGCAGUGGUAUUCUGAAGUAUUGUUAAGGCGAGUGAGUGCUGGAAACAUUUGCUAUUCUGGAAAUCAAAGAGCAUUUGUUAGUCUGACAGCAGAGAGUGCAACACCCUUCAACGCAGAAGAGUUCUCAGAUAUCAAUGAACUCCGAGCAUUGGCUGAACUCAUUGGACCUUAUGGAAUGAAAAUGUUGAAUGAAACCUUGAUGUGGCAUAUUGCCAGUCAAGUACAAGAACUGAAAAAGUUGGUUGCAGGCAACAAAGAUGUUCUAGUUGCUUUGAGGACAAAUUUUGACAAGCCAGAAGUUAUGAAAGAACAAUUUAAAAGGUUGCAACAAGUCGACAAUGUUCUGCAGAGAGUGACAAUUGUUGGAGUAAUUUUGAGUUUCAGACAAUUGGCGCAGGCUGCUUUAGUCGAUGUUCUGGAAGAACGAAUUCCAUUCCUACUUAGUUCUAUCUUAGAUUUUCGUCAUCAUUUGCCUUCGAGUGAUCCAAUGAGAGUUGUUUCCGAAAUGACGUCCGCUGCUGGACUCACAUGCAAAGUUGAUCCAACUUUAGCUGCAGCGCUCAGGAGUCAGAAGGCCGAAGCAGAUGAGGACGAACAUCUUCUAGUUUGUCUAUUAAUGGUAUUUGUUGCAGUUUCAAUCCCAAAGUUAGCUCGGAACGAGAAUUCAUUUUACAGAGCAUCGCUAGAAGGCCAUUCGAACAACAUACAUUGCAUGGCCACUGCAAUAAAUAAUAUAUUUGGUGCACUUUUCACAAUCUGUGGAAAAAAUGAUAUUGAGGAUAGAAUGAAAGAAUUCUUAGCUCUAGCAUCAUCCAGUCUCCUGAGACUAGGACAAGAAGCAGACAAAGAGGCAACGAAAAAUAGGGAAUCAGUUUACCUCCUGCUAGAUCAGAUCGUGCAGGAGUCACCAUUUCUGACAAUGGAUUUGUUAGAGAGCUGUUUUCCCUAUGCGCUGAUACGUAAUGCGUAUCAUGACGUUUAUAAAAUAGGCCAUGCCCAACAAUAAGGAAUUACGCGUAAAAAUAGAUGGAAACUAUAUCACAAUUUCGUUAAUUAUCUGAGCUCUUCCUCGAUGCGAAACAAUUUAUUUAUACUUAAGUUAUUUGGUAUAAGUGAAGAGCAUGUUACACGUUUCUUGAAAACUGAUUAUUCUCAAAUUAACCAUCCUUAGAUUGUAAUGCAUACUUCGUAACGAUUAUAGAUUAUACGUAGCGGUAAUUACAACAAACAAAGCUGGCCAUACAAGAAAUAUUUUUUAUUUUAUACAUUGCUGUACCAUGUAAAUCAAAGUAACCAUUACCAAGAUCUUGUAUGGCUCGAAUAAGUUUGUACUGUAUAUGGAAUAUUGCUUGUCCGUAUCUCUUGAUAGAGAAUCUAGAAUUAUGAAGAAGUAGAUAUAACAAACGCGAAACGUUCUCCAUUUAUAUUUGCGAAUCGCGUAUCAUUGUCAUAAUGCAUCAUUACUCCAUAAUCGAAAUAUUCAAACGUUUCCGAAGUAUCCUUAUUAUUCCUCAGUACAAAUCAUCCGUUUUUAAUACUGCAUCAUAUCGAUUUCUUACGUUGUUAUAAGCAUACGUAUACAAAUUUAGGUAUAUUUAGUAUCAUAAAAGAGGCAGGAAAAAAAUGAAUAUUCUAGCUGGCAUUUGAUUUAAUUGUAAAUCUUAACUAUUCCAUGAUAGUUUUUGUAUAGCAAAUAAAAUGAAUCAUCACUGUA